AGACGGGUGAUGAGGGGCUUCGGUUAAUACGUAAAAUGCGCAAUAGCGCUUUAUCAAAUACCAUGAAAAUGUUAUUGACUAUUUUAACAAGAGCAUUGUUGUUAUUAAUUGUCAUUGACUGUUGUUGGGCACUGACUCCACGACAAACUGAAUGUGCAUUUCCAGUGAGAUGGGAAGGCACGUGGUUCCAAAGUGGUGUGAGACAGCCAAUUCUCAUAUCGAAAAAUAUUUUAUCAAGCAAAGGACGCUGUUUGAGAAACGAAGGAGACAAAUUUCUCGUUGUCGACGAAAAAUCAUGCUACCGAUGUGUUGUCAUUCACGAAAAGCACUCAAAUGUACUUCAAUACAAAGAAACAUAUUGUCACAAUCGAAAUUCACUACCAUCACUGUGUUCAUAUAUAACCGGUGAUGCUUUGUUGUAUUCAAUGUUUCGAGAGGAGGCAACAGCAGUGUCUUGUCCAUUUCGUGGACCAAUGACAUUUACGUAUAACCGUGGUCAUGGUACUUGUUCAAGUCCACUCAGUAAUGUUGAUACAUGUACCGAUGACAGUAGAUUACUCUUCAAGUAUCAAGCAUGUCCUGAUGUUCCAGCAUCAGAAAGUGCAGUUGAAGAGUUGGAGUGUUUGGCAACAUGGAAAGAAGGUAGCAGUCGUUAUCUUGUUGGUCGUUUGCAUCAUGGUCAUGCGUCAAGCAAUGAAGAACGUUAUCGAUGCUUCGUUUACGAGCGUGCUGGUCAAAGUGUUGGUGCAAUGAGUAGGGCGGUUCUUGGAAUGGCAACCAUUGACCAUGAGUCUGGUUUACCAUCUACUAUACCACUUACCGAAGACACACCAGAAGUUUAUAGGGUUGCCCAAAGUGGCGAUGCAACUUGCAAUGGUCUAUUCAGUCCAAUGGAGGGUUCACGAACAAUGACUCUGACGAAAGCUUUAUCACCAGGAAAAUGUCGAUUUCCAAGUUGGUUAAGUGGCCACACAAAUAAUGGACUAACUUGGCACACACUGGAUCUGACAAGAUCAUAUACAUUUUAUCCGAGAAAUGCAAGUUUACAUGUGACAAGAUCAAAUAGCAGCACUCGAUUAGAUAAUUCUGGUGUUGAUUUUCAAGAUAUUAUUGAUGGACAAGAUGAACAAACUAUCAUGAUACUUUGUAACAGUAUCAAGCAGACAAAUCCAUCACAAACUAUUACAAUGCUAGUUGCACACUUCACAGUUGGAUGCCAAAGUGGAUUUAUAUGCAUGACUUUUUAUCGACGUGAUGGUCAUGUUAUUGAAAUGCAAACCGGAAGUCCAGUAUCAAGAUCUGAAGAGGCAUGUAGUUCACCUCAUCAUCAACCACGAAAUGUUCCCUAUCUCACUCUUGUCACAAGUUCACCAGAGCCAAGACAAUGUCCUUAUCUUGGUAAAUUUGCAGUAACUGAAGUAAAUCGUAAUCAAAAAAUAAAUGAUAAUAAUAAAAAAUCAAAUGAGUCACCAGAUGAAACACAUUUGCGUCAUUCAGAUGAUCGUAAAUCACGUAAAUAUGAUUUUGAUAUUGAUCAAAGACGUGUUAAUAAUGACUACAAAAUACAUGAACAUUUAAAUAGACGUUCAAGAACAAAACGUUCAAGUGAACAUGAUGAUAUUAGCAAAAAAAUUAAUUUAAAAAUUAUAAAAAAAAGUGAAAUAGCUAAAAAAGUGAUUAAAAAAAAUAUUGAAAAUUUUCAUAUAAAUAUUAGUGAAUUUAGUAAAAUUGGUGAAUUUUGGGAUUUUGAAGAUAGAGUAGCUGAUACUAGUCAUGAUGAUUAUUUUGGUGAUUAUGAGGUUAAUGAAAAGCCAGAAAAAAGAUCAAAUUUAUUGUCGUAUAAUGAUUUGUUGAGAAUUAAAAGAAGCUUGAAUGAUGAUUCAUAUAAUUACGAUGAUAAUUACAGUGAAAAAAGAGAAAAACGUGAAGAAGAAGAGUCAAAAUGUAAUGCUGAAGUGACAACAUUAAAUGUUGGUUGUUCAACAGCUGAUAAAAUGGAAUUUCAAAGUGAUUGUAUUGAUGACAAUGAUGCUGUUACAGCUUAUUCGUGUCACGGAAGAUGGUUUGAUACAGAAGGAAAUCAAUAUGUCAUUGCAACACCAAUUGCACGUAAAAGCUCAUGGUCAAAUGGUAAUAAUGAACCUCAAGCUUUUCGUAAUACACGAAGACUUUGUUUUAUGUAUCGUGAAAGUGGAGGUGUUGUUAGUCUUACUGCAAGUACAACUGCAUGUCAACGUGGUGUUCAAACACAACCACCUUUACUUGCCUUCAAUGCAACUAGCAUUGGACAGUGUAUGGAGGACAAUGGAAGCUCCAGCAUAAAUUCAUCUUACAUUAUCAUAAUUUCCAUCGUUAUUCUGUGUCUCGAAGUUCUCAGAUGAUUUUGAGUGUCUUCCGGAAAUGGAAAUAAUUUACAAGUUAUACAAAAGACGUAUUUAAUAGAAGUGAAAAUAAAAAAUGAAAAAGAAUAAAAAAAAAAAAAA